AUGUUCCAUCGCCGUCGCAAUCCCACUGUCACUCGCACCACCAAGCCUACACUGAUGACCCGUCUCAAGGGCCGUAAUGCGAGAUCACGCACUGUCAAGACUACCACUACCACCCAUCCCAACGGCACACAAGCCACGCAUGGCACGCAUGCCACACAUGGUCACCACGGUCAUGGCUAUGGAGCGACAACUACCCGCACCGCACCAGCCCACCACCACCGCCGCAAGGCAAGCCUCGGUGACAAAUUCUCGGGAGCCAUGAUGAAGUUGAAGGGCUCUUUGACCCACCGUCCCGGUGUCAAGGCUGCUGGAACCCGUCGCAUGCAUGGCACUGAUGGACGUGGAAGCCGCACCCAUCGUGUCUACUAA